UCGGGUUCGGGGUGGCACAGGGAAGCCAGGGAUGCGGUUCCGGGGCACCGCGCUGUGCCUGAGCUGCUGAGCCGUGCACGGCUCAAGGGCUGCUGGGGUUGCAGGGCCGGUCCGAGCCUGGCUGGGGCGGGGGGAGAGCCCCGGAAAGUGGAGCGGAACCGGUCCUGGGAGGAGGGCUCCGGCCGAGAUACCGACCCUCCUCCCACCCCCCAGCGCCCCCGCCCUGAGGAUUCCAGUGUAAACAAUAUGAAGAGGAGAAAGUAGACUUUUAAGGAAAUUGGCCUCCAUAAAGAAUGGCCUUUUUGGAUAACCCAACGAUCAUCUUGGCUCAUAUCCGGCAAUCCCAUGUGACCAGCGAUGACACAGGGAUGUGUGAGAUGGUUCUGAUUGAUCAUGAUGUAGAUUUGGAAAAAUUUCAUCCACCUUUGGUGCCUGGAGAUAAUGGCUCAGAAAUGCCAGGAAGCAGUGUUGAAACUCAGGGCUAUGUUUAUGCCCAAUCUGUUGACAUUACCUCAAGUUGGGACUUUGGCAUCAGAAGACGCUCAAACACAGCUCAAAGAUUAGAGCGACUUCGAAAAGAGAGACAAAACCAGAUAAAAUGCAAGAAUGUCCCAUGGAAAGAAAGAAAUGCUUCUCAUUCAGCAGAGGAGCUCAGUUCGUUGUUUGAAAAAAAGAACUUCAAAAUCAAGUCUUCAAGUGUGGGAAAGCCGUCACUCCUCUCCGUGCGCCUAGAGCAGUGCCCACUCCAGCUGAAUAAUCCUUUUAAUGAGUAUUCCAAAUUUGAUGGUAAGGGUCACGUAGGGACCACUGCAACCAAAAAAAUUGAUGUCUACCUCCCACUGCACACAAGCCAAGACAGACUACUACCAAUGACAGUUGUGACCAUAGCACAUGCCAAGGUGCAUGACCUAAUCGGCCUAAUCUGCUGGCAGUAUACAAGUGAAGGACGAGAACCCAAGCUCAAUGACAACGUCAAUGCUUAUUGUCUCCAUAUUGCUGAGGACGACGGUGAGGUUGACACAGACUUCCCUCCCCUGGAUUCCAAUGAGCCCAUUCAUAAAUUUGGCUUUAGCACUUUGGCCUUGGUUGAGAAGUAUUCAUCUCCUGGUCUCGCAGCCAAACAGUCACUCUUUGUGCGAAUAAAUGCUGCUCAUGGAUUCUCCCUUAUUCAGGUGGACAGUACGAAGGUCACCAUGAAGGACAUCUUACAGAAGGCACUGAAACGGAGGAAGGGCUCUCAGAGGGGUUCAGGUCCUCAGUAUCGCCUGGAGAAGCAGAGUGAGCCCAACAUCCCUGUGGACUUAGAAUGCACUCUGGAGAGCCAGAGCACUUUGGAGUUCUGCCUUGUGCGAGAGAACAGUUCCAGGGGAGAAGGCAUUUCAGAGGAGGAUCCUCAGACGGACAUAGCCACAGUCCAAGAUAUGCUGUCCAGUCACCAUUACAAAUCUUUCAAAGUCAGCAUGAUUCACCGACUCAGAUUCACGACAGAUGUGCAGCUAGGUAUAUCUGGAGACAAAGUGGAGAUAGACCCUGUUACUAACCAAAAGGCCAGCACAAAGUUCUGGAUUAAACAGAAGCCCAUUUCAAUCGAUUCUGACCUGCUGUGUGCCUGUGACCUUGCUGAAGAAAAAAGCCCAAGUCACGCGAUGUUUAAACUUACCUAUCUAAGCAAUCACGACUACAAACAUCUCUACUUUGAGUCAGAUGCUGCUACUGUCAAUGAGAUUGUGCUGAAGGUGAACUAUAUCCUGGAAUCCCGAGCAAGCACUGCUCGGGCUGAUUACUUUGCUCAGAAACAAAGGAAACUGAGCAGGAGAACAAGCUUUAGCUUCCAGAAAGAGAAGAAGUCAGGACAGCAGUGAUGGCUGGAACAAAAACACUGAUGUUCCACCUUUCAAAUCAGCAACAGCAGCAGCGGCGGCGGCAGCUCCCUAACGGCCUUGGUGGGCACUGGCAAGGGAAGGCCCCAGGCUCUAUACAGUUUCUCAUGGUUGAAAGAUCCUGACCACUAUGUUGGGGAUGGAAUGGAACCCAGAAUUUGGUGGGUUGCCUUAUGCCCUUUGACUGGAUCCCCUUCAACUGGAGCUGACACUCAAAUGAGGAUGGCAGUUAUUUGGAUUAGAAGCCAGACAAGAUCACAUACUGGGUGAACUCCAUUAUGUAGCACAUAUACAAUCACACACACACACACACACACACACACACACACACACACAAAGUGACUUCAACUUUUUUUCACUGCCUGGUUUAUGAAACAUUGAUAUGUAAGAGAGGUUACUUAGAACAUGAUCAAAUGUCUUCAGAUUAAUACCGAACAAAAUGUAUACUUUUUUUUUCUUAUAAUAAACUGGCAUAAUCUUUAUCAAGGCAUGUAGGAUGGACCAUUCUUUGGGGAAGAGGGUUCUUUUUUAAAAAUCUUCCAGAUUAUCAAAGGGCAGAUCUUUUAAAAAUAUUGUUCGAUUAUCUUAGGAAAAAAACAUUUAUUGAUAGAUUAGUUUUUCUAAAUGCCCUAUUGAUUUUGGUGAUUUCCUGUAGAACCUUAUGGACAGCUGGAGAACAAGAAGGGAUGUUGCAUCUUGAAACCCAGCAUGUCCUUUCCAUGCAAGGAGAGGCCUUAUUUCUACAGGUGAGAAGACACAAUAGAGCCAAGAGCACUUGACUGAGAAUCAGGAAGGAUCAAAAGUAGACCUCAUCCCAACCUUUAACAAGACAAGUCACCUUGACUGAGCUCUCUGCCUGCCUGGGCCUCCUCAUUCUGCUCAUCUGUAAAAUGAAGGGGGUUGGAUUGUGGGAUCUCUUAAGACACCUUCCAGCUCUGAUUUCAGUGACCCUCCUGCCUUUAGUGACAGUGCUGGCUUCAUGCCAUUGGGCCUACUGGAAAUCAACAACUGCUAUUCCUGGUUGCUGAUCUUUGAGGAAAAUAGCACAAUAUAGUAGGGGGAAUCAGUCAAAUAGUGUGAGAAGAACAGAGCUCUGGUCCUCACUUAAAUACUGUGGCCAAGAUGCUUUCCACCCUCAGCCUUACAUUCUGCAACAUGACUGGUUGGGACUAUAUCUAAGUCUCUUUCCCUUCUAUUAUUCGGUGUUCUUUGUUGUAACCAUAUGAUCUAAAGUCCCUUCUGGCUCCGGCAUUUUAAUGGGCAGACUUUCCAGGUUUGACAUCUUCUGAUACGAUUACAGAGCUUCUACCUGGAAAUGGAGAAUUCUCAUUUCCCUCAGGCCAGACUCCUGGAUCCCUUAGACAGUCUGGGGGAGCUCAAGGACCCAUCAGUUACAGUUUUAAGUGCAUAAAAUAAACAUUCUAUUUUAAUACAAUUAUCAAGAUUUUUUUUUUAAAACUAGUUCACCAACCCAGGUAAAAGAAUCCCUGCCUUAGCUGGAAAGAAAAGAUUUUAUUAAUAAUAGUUUUUUGUAUUAUUUGAACUUUCGCACCUUUCAGCAGCUCAUGUGGAUAGAGCAACAGCAGUGCCUUCUUUUCUUCUUUACCAAAAAAAGAAAAAUGAUGUGAUAGUUGUACAGGACAGUAGCCAACUACUGCAUUGGAGUCAGGGAGCCCGAGUCCAAAUCUUGGAGCUGCCACUCUGUGUCCUCGGACUUUGUUUCCCUUAAAAUGAGGAAAAUAGUAAUAACUUCUGCCCUGCUUCCCACUGUAAAUAUUAAAGCAGGCUAAAAAAUCAGAGGGAUUGUCUUAUAAAGCAGUAUUACAAAUGGUUUGUUCCAUUCACCAAUUAAAAGCUUUCCAAAGUAGAUGGAUUAUCUGAACCAGCAUAUUAGUAGUCAUAUUCCAUCAGAGGAAGCCAACUUAAGAGUCAACCAGGAGUUUCAGUAAGAGAGGGGAGUUGUUGAGCCUCUGUCUUUCUCUUGUUGGUAAGUACCACUUGUCCCUCUGCUGCAGCCCAAGCCCUUCAUUUUGCUGAUGAGCAAACUGAGACACAGAAAAAGGAAGUGACUUGCCCAUAGUCCCAUAGGCAGUUGGUGGAAAAACUAAGAUUUGGUCCAGGUCCCCUGACUGCCAACCAGUAGAAGGGACCUUCAAGGGGGAGGAGAGGAAGGAUGUGUACACUGGCCACCAGUGAGUGCAGUUUCCAUGGGUAGGCAGAGUUGUGGUCUUUGCUCUGUAUUGUACGUGCACAUCGCUGUGGACUAGCUUGGGGAACCUUCCAUGUGGUUUGCUAAGGAUCCCCAGUCGUAAUAACAGUUCACAUUUGCACAGAGCUUUACCAGCUUCCAUCUGCCUUUACCUACAUUAUUUCACUGGAUUUUUCCUCUCCCAGGGUUAGCAAAAAGCAUUAUCAGCAAUUGAAAGGAAGAAACUGGGGCUCAGAAGUGAAAAAUGACCAGCCCAAACCCACACAAAGAAUAAAAUAGCAGAAGACGACUUAGGAAGAAUUAGUAAGAAACUGGGCCCCAACCACUGACUGGUCCAAGCUUGUUCCAGGCAGCACUUGAAUCCAGAUCCUCUGACUGAAUCCACAGCAAUUUCCACUUUAACACACUGUAAAGCCUUUUGUUAAAACUUAAAUGUGAAAAGAUGUGGAUAAAAUAGAACAGACUAUAGAGUGUAUUUCCUGGCAACAGGUCAUUUUAAUUAAUUUCUCCAUUCAGAACUAUGUUCAUGUAACAGAAGACUCCUUUUCUUAACAAGACUUGUCUUCCACAACCUCAAUGAGACAGAAAGAAUCUCAUUUAUAGUCUGCUACCUGUAUUUUCAAUUUUUAGCCAUUUUAUAUUUUUAACUAUCUUUUGAGAUGGAAAUGACUAAUUUAGUCAUUAAACCUUGUGACAUAUUCAGUAUUAAAAAUUAUAUAAAUA